AUGUCUGAAUCAACUCCCUCGCGACUCUCCUCUCGUAUGGCCAGACUCAACCCCUUCAAGACUAGAGCAAGGCAGGAAGAUGAUGAGGAUGACGCCGGGGAGGAAAUUGAUGCCGCCACCUUCGCCGGUGGUGGUCUCGGUGCAUCAACAGGCACCACGCAUCAUCCUCUGUGUGUCAGUACUGCGCUCCAGUCGUUUCUCUUCCACCAGGGGGUAUUGGGCAACAGCGAUUCCGACGACGUCAAAGGGCCGUUGCUGAAGGCCUUGCUUGACAAACCGGUCGUUACACCACCUGCCUACCUCUUGGACAGGUCGCAUCCUCUGCCGGAGUAUUUUAUCAGCUCUAGCCACAACACAUAUUUGAUGUCCCAUCAGCUUUUUGGUGCUUCUUCAGCCGCCGCAUAUGAAACCACGCUCAAGGCCGGGGCGCGAUGUAUCGAGAUUGACGCGUGGGAUAACCCCGAUAACUGUACGGAGCCGAAGGUGACGCAUGGCUACACGCUCGUAUCCAACAUCCCUUUCCGAGUAGUGUGCGAAACAAUACGUGAUGUGGUUGACCACGAAGAAACGGCCGCGCGGGGACGGGGGUAUACCCCGGCACCAAUCCUCGUCUCACUGGAAAACCACUGCGACCGGAACGGACAGCUCCGCCUUGUUGAAAUCAUGAAAGAAGUCUGGGGAGACCGGCUGCUGAGUGCCCCAAUUCGCCAAAAGGGUCAUGAAGAACAAGAGGGUGGCGACCCAGUGCGGCUCGAGGAUCUGGGCUCCAAGAUUGCCGUCAUUGUCGAGUACCACCUGCCGGAUGAGGUGGACGAUUCCAGCACCUCCUCGUCCAGCUCCAGUGAUUCAGAGGAGGAGAAGAAAGCACGGAAGGAGUAUAAAACAAAGAAGAACACUGCACCACCGCCCAUCAUCGUUCCUGAAUUGGCAGAGCUCGGUGUCUAUGCACAAUCCGUUAAACCACGCGACGACUCCUGGUACGUGGAGGGGAAGGUCAAGGAUGGCCCUCCUGAGCAUCAUCUGAUCAACGUUUCCGAGUCGGGUUUGGCUUCUCACACUCGGGAGCACGCGCCGGAAAUCGCACGCCACAACGCACGUCACCUCAUGCGUGUUUAUCCUAAAGGGACCCGGAUAUCAUCACGUAAUCUUUCCCCGGUGCCGUUCUGGGCCGUCGGUGCCCAAAUUUGCGCUCUCAACUGGCAAACAUUUGGCGCGAGCAUGCAGAUCAACGACGCUCUUUUUGCUGGCACUGCUGGCUAUUUUGAGGACAACGAGUCGGUAUUUGUCAGGAUGCUCAUCAAGAGUGAUGCGAGCUUCUCAAGCAACCCCAUCCUGGCCGUCGCCGCGGUCCGCCUGUUAUAUCUUGACCCGCGAGGGCUGGAUGGACGUUUGGGGAGGUCCUACAUUCGGAGGAGAGAGUACGAACCCGGUGACGUCUCUGAGGGUUAG